AUGAGCAGAGGUAAGAGUUUAAAUGAGGAUCACAGGAGGAUCAUUCAGAGGCCUAUAACUAAAGAGGAUGUAAGAAGAGUAAUGUUCAGUAUCCCUGAUGAUAAGGCACCUGGGGCUGAUGGGUUUAAUAGCUGCUUCUAUAAAAGUUGCUGGGAGACUGUUGGUGAUGAUGUUAGUGAGCAAAUAAUGGAAGGUGUGGGCUUUCCUACAAAGUUUAUACAAUUGAUCAUGAUCUGUGUUACAACUCCCCAAUUUUCAAUCAUGGUGAAUGGGUCUCUGUCAGAUUUCUUUGGGGCUCAGAGGGGAUUGAGGCAAGGAGACCCCAUGUCCCCUCUUCUUUUUGCUCUCUGGAUGAGUGAUGAUGAUAUUCAAAGAGCUAAAGAUGUUAAUGGUUUUCAAAUUGGACAACUGCCAUUCAAGUAUUUGGGUGUUCCUAUUGCCACCAAUAAGCUGAAGGCUAGUGAUUGCCAAUCAAUGAUUGACAAGAUGAUAAUUAGGAUUAAACUGUUCCUUAUUCCUAAAAGUGUGCUCACAGAAGUGAAUAGAAUAUGCAAAUGUUUCAUUUGGAGUGGUACUCAUAAUGAUACUAAACCUGGAUCUGUUAAAUGGGAGUCUCUUUGCAAACCUAAGGCUGCUGGGGGGCUUGGAUUGAGGAGCACCAUAAAUUGGAAUAUUGCAGCAGUAGGGAAGUUAGCUUGGUGUAUUGCACAAAAACAAGAUAAUAUGUGGGUUAAAUGGGUCAAUGAGAUGUACAUUAAGGAACAACAGUGGAGUAAUUAUAUUGCUCCUGGUACUGCUAGCUGGGCUUGGAAGUAUAUAUGUCAAGCAAAGGAAGAAAUGAAGGUGAAGCUUGGUGGAGACCAGUGGUUACAAGACAUAAGGUACAACAUCAAGAAACAUUAUACAGCACUUAAUGGAAGUGACAUAAGAGCUCCAUGGAGUGCUUAUGUUUGGAAUAAAUUUUCUCAACCUAAGCAUAGAAUUAUCCUAUGGCUAGGUGUGCAAAACAGGUUGAAAACCAAAGAUAGGUUGAAAAGAAUUGGAGUUUCUGAUGAUGAUGUGUGUACCAUAUGUGGGCAACAUGGUGAAUCUGUGAAGCAUCUGCUUUUCAAAUGUCAUUACAGCAGUCAGUGCAUAGAACAGGUGAUGAACUGGCUGGGAGUGUCUUGGAAUGCCAGAAAUGUGUUUCAGCUGUGUAGAUGGAUCAGAGGAAGAUAUAGAGGCUCCAGCUUCCAGAAAAAAGUGGUGCUAGCUGCUAUUGCUGCUACUGUGUACACCAUUUGGAGAGUUCGUAACUCUGCACACUGGGAUGGUGUUGUAGUGACAAGUAGCAAGUCAGUCCAGGAGAUUAAGCAGUGUGUGAAAGGUAGAAUUAAGCAGCUUAUGAAUGGCAAAGUAAAGGAUAGAGAUAGAAUUUGGUUUGAUAAUGUAUAA